AUGGCAUUUUAUCAUCCUAAAUUUUUCAAGGUCAUCAAAAAUCAGAAAGAGGAGAUAAGACUUCCAAGGAAAUUCAUCAGGAAAUAUUGGAAAGGGACUUCAAAUCCGAUAUCCCUUAAACUCCCGAAUGGGGUCGAACACAAAAUAUUUUGGGUGGAACGUGACGGUGAUAUUUGGCUUCAAAAGAACUGGGAAAAACUUGCAAAAUUUUUAGAAUAUGGUUGUUUUAUAACUUUCAAAUAUAUAUCUGAAUCAUAUUUUAAGGUUAAAAUAUAUGACAUGACUAAUAUGGAAAUAGAUUAUUCCCAUAUAAAAUUUGUAAGUGAAGUUAGUGAAGACAUUAUUGAAGUGAGUGACAACAGUGACAAGAAUUUAAAUGAGACUGAACCAUGCAUGCAAGUUCAAAUGACAAAAGUUAAUGGCAAGAGAAAAGCUAUAGAUUUUGAUCCAACACAUGAAAAUGUUUCAGGUUCUAACAUAGGAAUCAUGAAUAAGAUGCCUAAAGAGUGUCCAACAACCGAAACUGCGAAUGCGAAUCCAAGUUUUGAAGUUAAAGUGACACCAUCUUCUAUCCAAAGCUGUAGAUUAAGGAUACCAACCGAUUUUUCUCGAGAAUACUUGAACAAGUUCAGAGGGAAGGCAUUCAUAAGAGUCGGUGAAGACAGAAUAAUAAAAGUUAAGAUGAAUUUCGAUGAUAUCUAUAGUCGAUCUGUUGUGAGUUCCGGUUGGAAAUCAGUUAUUCAAAAGUAUAUGUUACAAGUUAAUGAUGUUUGUAUAUUUGAGAUGAUUCAACUUCAACCACCUUCAUUCGCUGUUACUAUUAUUCGAGGAGGAGAAGAAAAUCCAAGCCCUAAGAAGUUGAAAGGUUGCAAAGAAGGAAAAUCUUGUGAUAAUAUUGCAAAGAGAAAAGACAUUGGAGAAACUUCUAGGAGCUGCCCAAAAUUACAUGUUCUAGAGGAUUCAUCAGAAGAUUAUAGUGUGACUGCAGAAAAUACAUUUGAAAUUGUUGUGAAUUCAUCAUACCCGAAUGUACCAAAUGAGUUUAUGAAUAGACAUACUGGAUGUCAUGGAAAAUUCUUGGAAUUGAAAGUGGGCGAAAAAUCUUGGUUUGUGAAAGUGAGUUAUUAUCCCAAACACAGUACAUUGUAUGCAGGUUGGAGAAAAUUUAUGAGAGAAUGCAAAUUGGAGACAGGAGAUAUUUGUUUCUUUGAGUUGGUUGAUGAGGACAAAUAUGUGUUUAAGGUUUCAGUUGAAAGGAACAACCUAGGAGAUGUUAGAUCUGUUUGA